AUGCUUAAAAAAGACACGGAAGAUAUCAUGGGCUUGGAAAUGAAGGCUACUAGUGGUCAGUGUGCCACAAUCUGGUCCUUGUGGAAAUGGGCCUCACGCCGUAUAAAUAGGAGAACGAAAAUGGUAGGAAAUACUCCUCACUUUGUCGGCCAAACGCUAACAACCAUGAUGCAUCGUAGCCUCCUGAUAACUGUAGCCUUCGUGGCGACGGUGUAUGUGGCGGUGGCUGACAGUGGAUAUGGUGGACGCGGAGGAGGAAGUGGAGGCGGAAACGGAGGUGGAUUCGGAGGAGGAAACGGAGGUGGAUUCGGAGGGGGAAGUGGAGGCGGCCACGGAGGAGGAUUCGGAGGCGGAAACGGAGGUGGAUUCGGAGGAGGAAGUGAAGGCGGCCACGGAGGAGGAUUCGGAGGCGGAAACGGAGGUGGAUUCGGAGGAGGAAGUGGAGGCGGCCACGGAGGUGGAUUCGGAGGAGGACACGGAGGUGGAUUUGCAGGCGGAAACGGAGGUGGCUUCGGGGGAAAUGCUAUCGGAGGUGGAAAUGGCGGUGCCGGAGGGUAUGGCGCUAAUGGCGGAGGCGGAGUGGGAGGAGGCAGCGUGGCUCCAGGAAUCCUCCUCGGAAGCGGAAGCCUCCCAAGUGCCGGUGGCUCAGGAGGUGCUGGCGGUUUCGGUGCAGGUAGUGGCGGUUUUGGCCGUGGAAAUGGCGGUUUUGGCGGAGGAAAUGGCGGAUUUGGUGGUGUGAGUGGCGGUUUCGGUGCAAGUAACGGCGGAUUUAGCGGUGGAAGUGGCGGUUUCGGCGGUGGCAAUGGUGGCAGCGCUGGUGGUAGUUAUGGGAAGAAAUGA